AUGUCCGAAAUGGCUGCUUCUGGUCUCUCCAUUGAGCCUUUCGACCCUGACUACCACUCUCGGUCUGAUAUCGAACACGACAUGGCUAGUCCUUCUCUUCCUCGGAUACCGUUGUUCGUACCAUCUCAGUAUUGGACUACAUAUGCGCAUUUGCCCGUCGGCUAUCAUGAUUAUCCCAUUCAACAGUACUCGAGCGGCUUCGUGGUGACCCCCUCUGGCCUACUUGAUUCCUCAUACGACCCCUGGCAGUACGAGUACGAGAUCGCUCCUUCGAACGCGGACACUUUCGGCUCCGCCACUCAACGGCUCAACCAUGACAACUUCCUCGAAACCACUGAUAUCGCAAGGAGCUCAAGGCUUACCGCCACCGCGCCUCCCUUCGUACCCGUCAAGUCGUCAAAGCUCUCUGCAACAGCACCAACUUUUCUCCUAAGCUGCCUCGCAAUCUUCGACCCUCCAGCCGGUGACCUCGCAAAACGCCCUCGCAAGUACAACCGCGUCCUCCCCGACGCGCGCAAUGACAAAAUCACCGACCCGCUCGUGAUGAUGCGGUGUCCACGCGACGGACAAGUCGGCCGCUUCACCGACGAGACCACGUACGAGUUCAAUAAGGGCUGGCACUUCAACGACCCCGUACUCGCUGAGAUGUAUCAUACGAUGAUCGCGCCGAAGAAACACAACUUUACUGCUUUCGCCCUGCGGGUCAACAUCAGACCUGUGGAUGACGCGCCGCCGCUGUGGCCGCCUUACAUGAAUCUCUUCGAUAUCAAGUCUUACUACUUCGAAGUCGUUGAGAAGGACAGUGAGAAACAGGCGAAAUGGGUUACCAUCUUGCCGAAUGGCUCGCCGCCAACUGCCGAGACUAUCCACAUCUACGAGACAUACAAGAAGGAGUGGGUAUCUUUCGGUGAUUGGCUCGCGAAGAAUAUCAAGUCACGCGAAUGGCUCGGUCGUCUUGGGUAUCACUUACAGUUCAAGUGGUACAAGAGUAAGGGCAGCAAACGUCGCUUCGAAGACUUUCCAGCCGAGAUACGAGAGAAGAUCUACAAGGCCGCGCUUGGUGGUGAAGUAUACCCGCUGAGCAGUCAGUGCAUCGCUAAGGAGUACCGCCACCCCUUUUCUGAUGGGAGGCCCGAACCUGGAGCCCAGCUAACGUUGGGACUGGGCUAUCACCGGGGUCUGUUUUGGCAUCGAAAGGGUGACGCAUUAUUGGCGUCUCCGUGGGAUAACGACCAGAUGUCAGAAGAUCGACCUUUCGUAUACGAACCAGAUAUCUCGCUUUCAGCAGUCAACUCCACGAUCCGCGACGAGUUUCUUCACUUCGCCUGGGUACGAAUGCGUAGCCGAUUCUUCGAGCCAAAGCUAUUUACCCUAGCCACGGAAGCACAACCGGGCACAGUUGUGGCUUACCAAUACCUGAGCAAAGUCGAGUUGAGCUUCACUAAUAAAGAGUGGUUUACUUUCUUCGGUGUCAAUAUGGAUCGUCACCCGUUCGGAAUCAAUACUGGCUGGGCUCAGUCUCAAGGUUCCUAUCUUCGUAAGCUUGAAAGCCUUCGCGACUUACGUCUUCGCUAUCGAACGCCGGAUGACGGCUACCAGGGCAGCCAAUGGGGCAGUGAAUACGAACACGAUCGAUUUUUCACGUUGACCGGUGCUGUGAAGACGGUUACGAAAGAGAAAUGGGAGGCGAUCUUCAAGGGCCAGCGCGAUCACGACCAGGAAGCGGCGUUGGAAGCCAUUUUUAAUACAUCGGAUGAAGAACUGUAA